CCCUUUCCCGCCCCCGCCCAACCUCUUGCUCUCUCUUUGCCCAACACUCCUCGUGCCGUUCGGGCGCCACCCGAUCGCUUCCUCCGUAAUCCACACCCCCCUGUGUUGGCCUAACUUUAGGUACAUACAUUGAUUCGGAGAGGGGAUGGGGUUGUUAUAUUAAUGGCCGUCGAGAGAGAGCCGGCCGUUCGGAUGCCUUCGUACCUUCACUUCCCUUUGUUUCUCGCGCUCUCCUUCUUCAGAUGCUUCCCGUGCCAGCUGGGGAGUUCAAGCUCUGCGGUGAUCGUAGGGGACAUGGCCGCAGAGGGAUCAGGAAAGAAGCUGAGGAAGCCGUACACUAUUACCAAGUCGAGGGACCGGUGGACGGCCGAGGAACACGAGAGGUUCCUUGAUGCCCUCCUCCUGUUUGGUCGUGAUUGGAAAAAAAUCGAAGACUUUGUUGGUACAAAAACAACUAUCCAGAUCCGUAGUCAUGCUCAGAAGUACUUUCUAAAGGUUCAGAAAAUUGGGUUAGCAGCACAUGUUCCACCACCUCAUCCGAAGCGCAAAGUAGCUCAUCAACACCCACAAAGCUUACCCUGCACUGAUGUUAUGCUGCUACGACCAUCUAUGGCUUGCCCUUCUACAUCCGGUAGCAUUAUUCCUACAUGCAAUGCCUGGGAUGCCUCGUCUAGUUUAAUAAACUACACACCCAGCGAGACAAGGCCUUUAACAGACUGCUACAAUAUUCUUUCCGAAAUCGAAGGUGCCGGUGGAUUGAUGAGGAAACCAUUAUCGUAUACUCAAAACAUUAGUUGGAUUGGCAGUUCAAGUCGAGCAUGGCUAACCAAUGAUGGACAAGAGCAACUGAAUCCACAUUCAUUGCAUCCUGGAAUACCAGACUUUGCACGAGUGUAUGCUUUUAUCGGUGAUAUGUUUGAUCCGGAGAUUGCGUGCCCGGUGGAAGUUUAUGUUGAAAAGCUGAAGGAGAUGGAUCCUAUCACUGCUAAAACUGUUCUAAUAUUGGUUAGGAAUCUAACUAUCAAUCUAUCAAGCCCGGAGUUUGAGUCUCUUAGAAGGUGGUUGGCGACUUAUGAUCCCAAAACCAAAAGAAUUGGAGUAAUAACUGAUUGUACUGCUGCUCAACCCUAUAGAAGAUUGUUAUCAGCGAAUGAUGCGAACCCAAAAGCAGCAAGUUUCAUCGGAGAGACAUCUGUUCCUUCCAUUGCAGAUAAAAAAUCUACCAUAUGAACACACACCAAUCAGUAUUUGCUUGUUGCAACCUUCUCGCAGGUAGCUUCUUUGCACAUUUUACAGGUAAUGCGUAAAUCAAUAAAGCACGAAACAUUAUUUGCACUCUGUCGGCCGCUUGUGUAUGAUCUGCGAAUUUAAAUCAGGACCGUUUAUUAAGUCUGUAUUGAUUCCGGUGUUUCAGAAACAAAGAAUCACCCGAAAGGUGGCGAUGCGCAGCCAAUAUUUCACUUUAUUGUCAGAGUAUAUGCUUCUCUACAUGCUUUAUUUCUGCUUAAUGAAAUCUUACGCUUUAUUAGAGACAAAUAUGUGAGUUAGUAAUUUCCCAAGUUUGAAUAAUUUAGCUAUUCAUCAUUUGAA